AACGAAACCUAGAAGCAGACCCGACUCUAUCGCAAUGUCCAACCUACCCCAGCAGCAAAAGGCCGUAAUCUUCAACACCACCACAGACGCCCUGUCUUUCACGUCUGCCGCCCAGACGCCGUCCCCUCACGAUGGCCACGUGAUCAAAGUUCACAGCACUGCCAUAACGAACGGCGAGCUGACCUGGGCUCCCUUCGUCGACUGGCCCACACUCCACGUCCCUUGCUACGACGUCAGCGGAACUGUCGUGACCGAGGUCGCAGGCUCGCCGUUCAAGGUCGGAGACGCGGUCUUUGGCCGUGUGCACGCCGGGCGCGAAGGGACGGCGCGCGAGUACGCAACGCUCUUGCCGUCGGAAGCCGCGCUGGUGCCCGAGGGGCUGGGGCUGGAGGACGCGUCGGCGAUUCCAAUGAGCGCGUUGACGGCGUGGCAGGCUGUCUUUGAGAAGGGGUUGUUGACCGGCAGUUAUGCGCCUGCGAGCGUGCCGCGUGUCACGGAUGCGGGGGAAAUCCAGGGCGCGGAGCUGGCCAAGGGGAAGAGGGUGCUUGUGCUGGGCGCGGCUGGGGGUGUGGGGAUGAUGGCGAUUCAGUUCGCAAGGCUCGCGGGGGCGUACGUUGCAGGAACCGCCUCCGGGAGGAACGACGAGUUCGUCAGGGGCUUGGGGGCGGAGGUGAUUGACUACACGACGACGAGCCUGAAGGAGUAUGUCGGAGGAGAGGAAGGGAAAAAGUUUGAUCUUGUGCUUGGUUGUGUGGGCGGGAAUGCAAUGUUGGAUGGGUGGAACGCUGUCAAGGACAACGGCACCUAUAUAUGUGUCACGCCGGGGUUUCGGGAACCCGAUGGUGGGAAGCCGGCAGGUGUGAGGAGCGAGUGGUUCGUCAUGGACAGCAGGGGGAGCGAGCUGGCAGCCAUAGGGAGGUUCAUCGAGAAGGGCCUGGUCAAGGGGUGGGUGGACAGUGUAUGGAAGAUGGAGGACUUUGAGAAAGCGUUUGCGAAGACGGCGACGGGACAUGCGAGGGGCAAAGUGGUGAUCAAGAUUGCGCAGGACGAAGAGUAG